AUGCCUUCAGUCCGCCAAAUUUCCACGCUCUUUGCAUUCGCCAGCCUUGCGGCCGCGGCGCCUCACAAGCAGGCUGGCCCAAAGUUGCGCAGACGCGAUACACUCCCCGACUAUGCCAUCACAUACGCGCCCAUAUCGUACCUUUACAGUGGUGAGGCAUGGUUCCCAUCUGACAUUACGACGCAUUUGGCCAACGUUGAGCCCGAGGUUGAUUAUACCGCUACCGGGACCAAUGGGUCGGUUACUCUCGACACGCUUAACAAUCUUGCUUCGGAUGUUUACCUGACUGCCUCGGAUGGCCCAAUUCUGAAUCCACUGGAUAGUAUACCCGCCUGGCUUGCUUCGGAAUAUGGUAUUCCUGACAGCGAUGGUUUAAGCGCGGCUCCAGGUACUAUCAUUGUCGCAGAGAAGAACAGCACCACGACAGAUGUCUUCUACUUCUACUUCUAUUCUUACAACUAUGGCGGAGGUGUAUUGGACAUCAACUUUGAUGAUCAUGUCGGUGACUGGGAGCAUGUCAUGAUCAGGUUCGUGGAUGAAGAGCCCUACGCCAUUUAUGUUUCCCAGCAUAGCGCUGGUUCAGCCUACUACUGGGAUGUGGUAGACUUCUCAGGCGAACGCCCUGUUACGUACGUCGCGUACGGAGGACACGCCAACUAUGUGACCGCAGGCACCCAGGAAUAUACUAUCGCACUGGGCCUCAUCACUGAUAAGACUGACAAAGGAUACAUGUGGGAUAUGACGCUUAACUACCGUGGCUACACAUACGAUGUUGAUGCAGACGACUUCGUCGUCGCAUCUGGGGCGGGAACAGGGGCUACUGAGGAGGCAGAUGAGACAUCUGACUGGCUAAAUUGGCUCGGCCACUGGGGUGAUGAGCAAUACCCAUCUGGGCUUCUUGAUGACAUUGAGACGGGCCAGUACUGCAUCUCAUCUGAAUGUCACUACACUAGUGGGCCGACAGGACCUGUGGACAAGAACCUCGGUCGAACGACUAUGUGCGAAGAUGACGAUGACUGUACAAUUUUUGAUAGCAUUGAUGAUCUCACGACUCAGUCUUAG